AUGGGACGUUUCAGAUUCUUCUCUGCAGUCACAACUUUGGUUUUGGUCGCAUCAAUCGCUUUUGCUUCUCCCCAGGGCUCAAAACAGCUCGGCAAUCAAUGCUCAUCCCACGACGAGUGCAGCGUUGGACUUGGUUGUUUUAAAUGCGGCCUCAAUGGUGCAAGAUGCGUUAGAUCAAACAUCACAGAUCAAUUCUCUCUUGUGAACAAUUCCAUGCCGUUUAACAAAUAUGCAUUUUUGACGACCCACAAUUCAUAUGCCAUUGAAGGAAGACUGUUUCAUGUGGCGACCCAAGAAGAUAGUAUAACCCAACAACUUAAUAGUGGUGUUCGAGCAUUGAUGUUGGAUACGUAUGAUUACAAAGGAGACGUAUGGUUGUGCCAUUCGUUUGGCGGGAAAUGCUAUGAACUCACCAAGUUUAAACGGGCGAUAGAUACGUUCGAGGAGGUAUUCGCAUUCUUGACAGCAAAUCCAUCAGAGAUCGUGACAUUGUUUUUGGAGGACUACGUCAAAACGCCAAAUGCGUUAACCAAAGUUUUUACCGACUCUGGUUUGAAGAAGUUCUGGUUUCCGGUUGAAAACAUGCCUAACGGUGGACAAGAUUGGCCGUUGGUUAAAGAUAUGGUUGCAAAUAACCACCGGUUAGUCGUCUUCACUUCAGAUAGAUCUAAGCAAGACACCGAAGGAAUAGCUUACCAAUGGAACUACGUAUUGGAAAACAAAUAUGGGGACGAUGGAUAUAAGCCUUUCGAAUGUAGCAAUAGGGGAGAAUCUGCACAGCUAAACGAUAAAAGCAAAGCUUUGGUUUUGGUAAAUCAUUUCAGGACAGUUCCGGUUAAGAUCUUGAGUUGUGAGGAGAACUCUCAACAUCUUAUCGAUAUGCUUAUUACAUGUUACGAAGCCGCUGGGGACCGAUGGGCGAAUUUUGUUGCUGUCAAUUUUUACAAGAGGGGUGAUGAUCAAGGAGGAACAUUUCGAGCAGUGGAUAAACUAAACGGAGGGCUUCUAUGUGGACGUGAUGAUGUUCAUGAUUGUCAUCAUUGA